AAAAUAAAAAGAUUAAAACCAGCGCAGCGUAGCGCGCGCGCGCUCUCUCUCUCUCUCUCUCUCUCUCUCUCUCUCCCGUGUCAACUUGUCAGUUACAGCUUUCAAGUUUCAACUAUUUCUCAAAUCAACUCUCUCUCUCUCUCUACAUAACUACGAAUCAAUGGAAGCUUUGUGAUUAGAGAGCGAGUUCACAUUGCAACCAUAGACCGUUACUCGCAUCUUCUCAGUCACGGCGAUCUAAGUGAACAAGUCUGAAAUGUAUACAUCUGCACAAAUAGUAUUUUGUUUCAGUGAGAGGUUCAUCGCAUGAAUUUUGGAGUUUGUGUAGUUUUUCAGAAUAUCUGUUUUACAGAUAUGCAGAUCCUUGUUGGUUUUCAAGUUCUUUUCAAGUUAGCAACAGAGAGUGUGAAUUCGAAUAUAUUAGAUUUGCAUGAAAUUUAGGGAAACAGAUGAAGUCAUUAUCAGGAAGAUCAAGUCCUAGGAAUUCUCCUUCAUUUCGGAAAAUAAGCUCUGGCCGAACACCGGGAAAGGAAGGUCGAACUAGUAGUGCCUUCAGUGCUAGCUGGUUUCGGAGCAAUCGGAUUGUGCUGUGGCUGCUUUUAAUUACGCUUUGGGCUUAUGCUGGGUUUUAUUACCAGUCAAGGUGGGCUCAUGGGGACAACAAGGAGGGAAUUUUUGGCAAUGAGAGUUUAAAUACUGAUGAAGAUCCUGAAUCUGAACAUGUUCAUCAUCGGGGAUUGAUUGUAGAUGAAGGUACUAUAUUAGUUAAAUCUAAUAUUAGUAGAAAUAAUGCUGAUGCAGUAAAAUUGGAUGUGGUUUUGACAAAGAAGGGGAAAGAUACUUUAUCUCCCCUGACAGUACUUUUGAAGAAGAGGAACAAGGUCAAGAGACUUAGACGUAGUUCACGUAGGGGGGCUCUUGGUAAGAAAGUAAAACCUCAACAUACAGAAAACAAUAAUAUUGAGGUGCAGGAGGUGCAAGAAAUGCAGGAGGAAGACAUUCCUAUGAGCAACUCUUCUUACGGGUUUCUUGUUGGUCCAUUUGGUUCUCUAGAGGAUAGUAUAUUGGAGUGGAGUCCUGAACAGCGGUCAGGAACCUGUGACAGGAGGAGUGAAUUUCAACGUCUUGUUUGGUCUAAAAAGUUUGUUUUGAUAUUUCAUGAGCUUUCUAUGACUGGAGCUCCUCUCUCAAUGUUGGAAUUGGCGACUGAGCUUCUUAGCUGUGGGGCAACAGUAUCUGCUGUUGUUCUUAGUAAAAAGGGUGGUUUGAUGCCUGAGCUUGCUAGAAGAAGGAUUAAAAUUGUAGAGGAUAAAGAAAGAGUUAGCUUCAAGAAAGCGCUGAAGGCAGAUCUCGUCAUUGCAGGAUCAGCAGUCUGUGCAUCAUGGAUAGAGAAAUAUCUUGACCAUUCCCCUGCUUCUGCUUCACGGCAAAUUGUUUGGUGGAUAAUGGAAAACAGGCGUGAGUACUUUGAUCGUUCAAAGAGUGUCCUCGACCGUGUGAGAAUGCUGAUUUUUCUUUCCAAAUUGCAGUCUAAACAAUGGCUCGCAUGGUGCGCAGAAGAAAAUAUUAAGUUGAUGUUGCGGCCUGCACUAGUUACACUUUCUGUUAAUGAUGAACUGGCUUUUGCAGCAGGGAUUGCUUGUUCACUAAAUACUCCAGCUUUUAGCAUAGAGAAUAUGCUAGAUAAAAGAAAGCUACUGCGAAAGUCGGUCAGAGAUGAGAUGGGAUUGACAGAUGAUGAUAUGCUUGUAAUGUCAUUAAGCAGUAUUAAUCCUGGGAAGGGCCAUUUCUUGCUUCUUGAAGCAGCACGUUACAUGAUCGACCAAAAACCAUCUCCAAAAGAUGUUUCUGUAGAUGGUUUAGCUGAGAAGGAUGAAUAUUAUCACUCGGUGAAUAACUCUGAAACUUAUCGUCUGGGAAAUAUUGGCAAUAUAAAGAAACUGUUUUCUGAUAGUGUAUACAAGAACGAAGAGAAUCUUAAGGUCCUGAUUGGUUCUGUUGGAUCUAAGAGCAAUAAAGUGCGUUAUGUUAAAGCAAUACUCAAGUUCUUAGUUCAUCAGCCAAACUUAUCGAAGUCAGUCCUCUGGACUGCAGCAACUACACGUGUUGCCUCUCUUUAUGCAGCUGCAGAUGUAUAUGUUAUAAACUCUCAGGGACUAGGAGAGACAUUUGGAAGAGUCACAAUUGAGGCUAUGGCAUUUGGUCUUCCGGUACUUGGUACAGAUGCUGGAGGAACAAAGGAGAUUGUUGAACACAAUUUAACUGGCCUUCUUCAUCCUCUGGGGCGUCCAGGGUCUCGCAUUCUUUCCAAUAAUCUUCAGUAUCUGCUUCAGAAUCCUUCUGCAAGGCGGGAGAUGGGAAUCAGAGGACGACAGAAAGUAGAGAAGAUGUACUUGAAAAAGCACAUGUACAAAAUGCUUGCACAAGUCCUGUUCAAGACUCUGAGAGUAAAGUAACACCAGCCACUUAUUUUUAUUUGAUUCUUUUAAGGCUAGGUUUUGUGAGCUAGCUAUAAGAAGCAGCAUUUUUCUGUCAACCCAAAGUCCCAAAUAAUCUCCAGUAAUCACCCGGUUAGUCUUUUUCUCAAAAUUGAUCAUCUUCAGAGUUCCGACUGCUCAAUAGUUCUGGUGACUUGUAGCACGGGUUGCAGCAAAGGAGAUGACCAUGUUUGUUAAUUUUUUCUCCUGGUGUACAUAAAUUUCGUUGAUAGUUUUUUUUUUUCUUGGGCAUUUUUGAUAGAAGCACAGGUACUCUGAACAGCGUCAAGUCCUCUGUCUAUAGUGUACUCAGUUCAAGUUAAUCAGUUUAAAGUUUUCGUUACUGAA